GCGAGGUCGGCUGACGCUCUGCUAGUGGAACGAGGGGGAGAGACGAUCCGUUUGGGUUCUUCAAUAAGAGAGAGGGGGAAAGGGGGCUGUGAUAGGCAUGGCUUCUGAAGACAUCACUGGCUCUUGUUUCGUCAGUCUGAGCAAGGAAAUUACAGAAAGUGUCAGGAAGAUUAUCGACAAAUCUCCUAUCAAGUUUGUACGUGGUAUCAAACUUGGCACCAAAAACGGCAAAACGGAGGAAAGAAUUUUGGUCCUCACAACAUGGCGACUGUAUUUCCUGAUGCCCAAGGUUCCCACAAAGAUAGAGGCAACGUUCAACUUCUUAGAAAUUCGCUCUCUGACCUCCCAUGCGGAACAUCAGGUGAUCGUUGACACGGACAAGUUCACCUACUCCCUGUGGUUUCAGUCCCGUGAGCAGCUCAACCAUGUCGUCAGCCAUGUUAACUUCGCCCUGUCACGAAUAUUCAACAACUCUGUGUUUGCCCCCUCCAUCUGUCACUCAGACAGUGACCUUUCAGAAGGCAGCAGGAAGUACUCCCCCAGCUCGGAGACGUCGCUGGAAACCCAGAGGGCGUGCGGAGGUUUUUCGGAGACUUACGCUGCUCUAUGCGACUACAACGGUAUUGGCUGCAAGGAGGAGGUGCAGUGGGAUGUGGACACAAUCUAUCACUCCCAGGACAACCGGGAGUUUAACCUGCUGGACUUCAGUCACCUUGAGAGCAGGGAUUUGGCAGUCAUUGUUGCAUCGAUGGCCUACAACAACUGGUUUACCAAACUGUAUGUCAAAGACCUGCGGAUAGGGUCGGAGGUCACGGAGCAGGUCUUGCACACGCUCAGUAAGUCUUCAAGCCUGGAGGAGAUCACACUGGAGAACGCUGGGUUAAAAUCGGACUUUCCACAGAAGAUGUCAGUUGCUCUUUCAGAGAAUCCAGCAUCUGCCAUCCACUCCCUCAACUUGGCCCAUAACUCUCUGGACAAUCAAGGUGUGUCCAACCUCAUCCAGCAGGUGUGUCGCCUCAGCAAGGGACUCCGUCUGCUAAACCUUUCCAAGACCUCUCUCUCCUCCAAAGGAGUGGUGUCUCUUUCUCAAGCUAUUUGCUCCAGUGAUGAAUAUUCCAACUCUCUCUUGCAUCUGGACCUGAGCAAGAACCCAGGACUGCUGUCCGGCGAAGACGUGUCGAAGUUGUACCUAUUCUUGUCGCAGCCAAACUGCCUCGUUCACCUGGAUCUUUCCGGCACAGAUUGCACUGUAGACUCUCUCUUUGGUGCUCUUCUGCGGGGCUGUUGUGCCGAUCUCUCUUAUCUCAAUCUUUCCAAAAACUCCUUUUCUCACAGAAAGGUGAAGGACACUCUGCCUCUAUUCCACCAGUUCAUAAACUCCGCCUUCAGCCUCACCCACGUCAGCCUCGCCUCCAUGAAACUGCCUCCCGACGUGCUCAGGUCUCUGCUGACAGGACUGGUCACCAACCCCCACAUCAAUGAACUACACCUGGACCUCAGUGGCUGUGAGCUGAGAUCUGCAGGGGCUGCCGUGAUCCAGGAGCUUUUCCCCAGGGUGUCCUCAAUCGCAAGCCUGGAUAUCUCUGAUAAUGGUCUAGACGGAGACCUGUUGUCGGUCCUGCCAGCCCUCUCCAGACAUCCUUCCCUCAAGCACCUUCAUCUGGGCAAAAAUUUCAACAUCAAGAGCAGGGUUCUGGACGAGGUCCUGCAGAAGCUGGUUCUGCUCAUUCAGGAGGAGGACUGCGCGCUGCAGUCUCUGUCGCUGACUGAAUCGCGUCUCCGCUCUCGGGGCACGGUGUUGGUGAACACCCUGGGCAGCAACACCUGCCUCAGGAAAGUGGACCUGAGUGGGAACAGCAUGGAGGACAUUGGUGCUAAGAUGCUGAGCAAGGCUCUUCAGAUCAACACCACACUCAGGAGCGUGACAUGGGAUCGAAACAAUACCUCAGCGACUGGCUUUUUGGAUGUAGCGCGGGCACUCGAGCAUAAUUUCACCUUGCAGUACAUGCCCCUCCCUCUCAGUGACAUCAGCCAGGCAUACCGGAGUGCCCCAGGGAAAACGGAGCAGGCUCUAACCAAGAUCCAGCGAGCUCUGCUGAGAAACAACCAAACCCAACAAUUCUCCCAGAGACAGGCCCUCCGCCUGCACCAGGGCCUGGUCACCAGCACCGCUGAGCAGGUGAUGGAGCGUCUGUGCGUGCGUGUCGAGCAGCAGGUGUGUGUGUUACGAGGUGUUGGCGACAUGGAGGAGAUCCAAGCUGCCAAACAAGUGCUGAAAGAAGCCAGGAGCUCCCGUGCUCUCUACCCGUCACUGUGCGAGCUGGCUCAUGUUCUGUCAGUUGACGGACCAGUCCGACAGAGGUUAGACUCUCUAGCUGGAGAACUGGCCAAGGCAGCAGAUAAGGAGCUGCAGGUGAUCGUGGACUCCAUGGUGUCUCUGUGCCGCGAGCUGUGUCCCCUGUCUUCGUCCAGCGCAGAGCGUCUCACGCCACCACUGUCGUCUGUCUCUGACCGCGUGUCCAUCCCUCGCUCGGCCAUCCGCACCGCGCUGAUGGAGAGAGCAGCGCAGGACAUCCACCGGGCCCUAGAGGAGGUGAAGCUGUCCGUCGUGUCUUAUCUCACCAACUCCAUCGUGGAUCAGAUCCUCCAGGAACUCUACGCUACCCACAAGGCCCUUACACAGCAGGUGUCCCAGCUGAAACGCUUGGAUGGGACGUGUGAGGACGGCACGGGUCAAAGGUCACACAGAAACUCUCUGGAGAUCACAGAUGAGGAGCUAGGAACCAGCAUAGACACAAUUGCAAUUAAGAAGCGCAGCUCUAGAACUCGUCGAAUACGCCCCGUAUCCACCAGGCUAAGCCUGUGUGAUGACUCCAGCUCUACCCCACCCACCUCUAUGCCCUCCUUCUCCUCACCCCUAUCCCGUUCCGCAUCCUGGGAGGGUCUGUCGGAGCUGCCUACCCAGGGUGCACCAUUGCUCCACGUCACGCGGGUCCGGCCCAAGCCCCCGCGGCGACACAGGGCCAGCCACCUUCCCCCUGACACACACUGCAGUGAAAAUGGAGGAGAUAGCCCUCUUGAUGAUGGACUACCAGAUUUCUAUUCUAAAAGAGUACUCCCUGAUAGUCAACUCUCGUUUUUGCACAAAUCCAACUCACUGAGAAGAAAGAAGAGAAGCAACAUGCUGUCCAUCUUUAGCUUCCGUAAAAACCGCAACCAGACCCUGGAUCCUGAGCCUGAAUCAGGAGAAGAGCUUUUCAGCGAAGAGUGUCAUGCUGUUGCCAUAGCACCCACCGGGACGGCCAUGGAGAACGUUUACACGUUGCUGCAGCCCCCCAGGACCCAGUCCAGGGCCGAGUCGCCCGGAGUUUCCACAGACAGGAGAGGGGACGGCCCGCAGUGGGAGAAAUUCCUGGUCCUGAGCCCGCCACCGGUACAGGGCAUACCACAUACAAGCAUGGGGGGCAUCAAACACCCGUUUUAUUCUCCCAAAGAGAAAUCCAUUUUGGACACCGAGCUGCAGCAGCCAGAAUAUGGUAGGCUUUGGGGCGAUGUCAAGCAAUCGGACAGACUCAAGACGAUGGAGGGAUCGGGGCAUGCAGAGGGACCGCGGCAGCCGGACGGGAGGCAGGGGGACGGCCACGCUGAGGCAGCCACCGACGGGCCUCUCUGUGGUCAACAGCAGUUGGACGGAGAGAGAGAGAGAACGCGUGCGGAGAGCAAACCGAAGGAGAGAGCAUGUUACGACAGCAGGCGCGCCGACAAACAGUGGACACUGGACCGCCACGCCCAGAGGCAGAUCGACCGGAAGCUGGAGAGACAGUGGACGACGGGAAGGCACCUGGACCGCUCGUGGUCGGAGAACAGGUCCACGGACAUCGCGAUCGACUGGAUGUGGACGGAACGGAGGCAGCCUGGCAGCAGCGGCAGGAAGACUGAGAGGUCUGGCCCGGCGCCACAUCUGCCCCAGAGGCCACUACCUCCGUACACAUCAGACUGGACGCCCUCGACCAAGCAGGAAGGAGAUCCCUUAAGAAACCUGGACUUGGCUGCAUUGGUGGUCGGGGAGCGAACUCUGCUUCACAUGCAGGAAACGCCAUCGGAUAGACGGAGCCAAUCAGAGGGCUGGAGGAGCGGAGGGGGGGGCGUGUCAUCCAGCCGCAGUGCUCCCUGUGCGUCUAAGCCAGAUCCUCCCCUGCAGAGUAGCAAACGCCACCUGCACAGGCUUAGCUCAGGUGUGGAGGAGGAAGAGGAAGUGGAUUCCGGGAGGAUGGAGAAGAGGGAGGUAGUGAGGGACCUGGAGGGCCCACACCCUCCCAUUCCAGAGAAGCCAAAGACGUCGUCCUAUGUGACGUUCCCUAAGAAUUCAGACAGCGAUAGACACCUACCUCCACCGCCGGUCCCGCCACCUAACACCAGAGCUUUGUAUGGAUUGCCUUACCGAGCUGCCAGUCAAGGUGAUGAAGGAAUACGACCCCAGGCUCCUGUUAAGCCUCGGAGGCACAGGAAGGCGAUGUCAUGUGACACAGGCACUGACAGGGACAGGGAUAAUCUUGAGAAGCCCACCAAUCGCAAACCCCCUGUGAAAAAGCCUAGACUACCCCAGAACAGAAAUAAAUCCCUGGACCUGUCUGCUCGCGACCAUGGCCACCACGCUACAGAAAGCUUCUCCUCAGCACCUGAACAAGGCAACCUGUAGUGAGGAGGGUCCUGAGAGUCGUCAACCCCAUUGCCUGCCUUCCAUAUCAGAGCGAGGAGAUGUCCACCAUGACAACCGCCAAGCAUUUCAUCAGCCAGGGAGUAGGGGUGGGGUUGGAAACGGAAUGCGAGGGCAAGCAAGUGAACAACGUGAACAAGUGUGAAAUCAGACAUCCACAUGCAUAAGGGGGACACAUCCUUUGCUUUUCAUAUGGUUGAACAGUCCCUCUUCUGUCUUUUAUGUUUUGUCAUUCUCUAUCUCUGCGUAGUGUGCUCAUACUGUUUGCUUUAUUCUCUCGCUCUCACAUCAUAUAAAACCUGCUGAAUCUGUAUGUGACUGCCAGUAUGUGAAUGGUCUUUGCUACUUAAGAAAAGAAUAUAGCCAAUGAUUGUUGCCAAUGAUUGGCCAUGGAGCUGCAAUUCUUUGUCAAACAGAAGUGACAUUUGUCCGAGGGCUUUCUUUUAGAUUUUUCAUAAAAAUGUGCAGUUAUUUUUUGGACUGCCAAAGAAUUCGAUUGCCUUGGUUGAAACUUGAAAUUAAUUUGCUUCUUGACAAAAUAAACACUUUCUAUCUAGUUUUGCUUUAAGAGGCUGAAAGGUAAUUUAUUCAUAUAUUUUAUAGAAAAAUAACAAGUUCAAUAUUGUACACUUGCUGUAUGAAUUAAAAACUUGAAGAAAUUAUGAA